UUGCGUCUGGAAAUUUUCUCAUUUCCUUCCAAUCUUCUCUCCUUCCUCUGUUCUGUUUCACAGCGAGCUUCACACUGCUCCAAUGGCGGGUCGUGGCAAAACUCUGGGUUCAGGGACGGCGAAGAAGGCGACAUCGAGAAGCAGCAAAGCCGGUCUCCAGUUUCCGGUCGGCCGUAUCGCACGUUUUCUGAAAGCCGGCAAGUACGCAGAACGUGUCGGUGCCGGAGCUCCGGUAUACUUAGCUGCCGUUCUUGAAUACCUCGCCGCCGAGGUGCUUGAAUUGGCCGGAAACGCGGCUAGAGACAACAAGAAGACGAGGAUUGUGCCGAGGCAUAUUCAAUUAGCGGUGAGGAACGACGAAGAACUGAGCAAGCUGCUUGGUGAUGUAACGAUUGCGAGUGGAGGUGUAAUGCCCAACAUCCACAAUCUUCUUCUUCCAAAGAAGACCGGCGGCUCAUCCAAAACAGCAGACGAAGAUUAAAUCCUCCAUAGAGAAUGUAAAAGGGCAUCACAAAGUUCGAUCCUUUUGUCUUUCCGCUGUAGUUUUUAAUGUUUUCUCUUCUUGAUCUGUCCUGAUAUCAAUUAGGUUAUUAGAUUUAGAUUAGGGUAGGAGUAGGUUUUGUUCCCAUGCUUAAUGGUGUACAACCUCUGUUCUUCGUCGUUAUUAUGGGUAUUUUUUAUAUUUCAAUCAAUCAAUGUUCAUAUGAUA